CGUGGCGAAGGCGUUGCGCUUUCGUCCCUCCUCUGCCGUGGACUCAAACUACCCCAGGCGGGAUUUGGUUGCCGUUUUUGGGGACUUUAUUUUCCCAAUAACAACUUUUUCUUGCACCGCUUUUGUUUAUAUAUCUCCACAAAUCACCGUAACUGUGACCGUUGAGUGGUUCUAAAGCGGGGCGAGGGCCAGCUUCCCCUCACACACAGACAGGCCACCAUGAAGCUAACGGACAAUGUGCUCCGGAGCUUUCGGGUUGCUAAAGUGUUCCGAGAAAACUCGGACAAAAUUAACUGCUUCGACUUUUGCUCCAACGGAGAGGCAAUCAUUUCCAGCAGCGACGACGACUCCUUAGUGUUGUACGACUGCCAGGAGGGAAAACCCAAAAGAACUCUCUACAGUAAAAAGUAUGGCGUGGAUCUGAUCAGGUAUACGCAUGCUGCAAACACAGUGGUCUACAGUUCCAACAAAAUCGAUGACACUAUCCGGUAUUUGUCUCUUCAUGACAACAAAUAUAUCCGGUAUUUUCCUGGACACAACAAAAGAGUGACGUCUCUGUCCAUGUCUCCUGUGGAUGACACGUUUAUUUCCGGCUCAUUAGACAAAACGAUCAGGUUGUGGGAUCUGCGCUCACCGAACUGCCAGGGUUUGAUGCACCUGCAGGGGAAGCCUGUUUGCUCAUUUGAUCCAGAGGGUCUCAUUUUUGCAGCUGGCAUAAAUUCAGAGAUGGUUAAACUUUAUGAUCUGCGCUCAUUUGAUAAGGGUCCGUUUGCAACUUUCAAGCUUCAGUACGAUCGGACAUGUGAGUGGACUGGACUCAAGUUUAGCAAUGAUGGAAAACUCAUCCUUCUUUCAACCAACGGCGGGGCGCUUCGCAUUUUGGACGCUUUUAAAGGGGCGGUGCUGCAUUCUUUCGGGGGCUACAACAACAGUAAAGGCGUAACCUUAGAGGCUUCUUUCACUCCUGAUUCUCAGUUUGUGAUGAUUGGCUCUGAAGAUGGAAAGAUCCAUGUGUGGAAUGCUGAAAGCGGGAUGAAGGUGGCGUUAUUAGACGGGAAGCACACAGGCCCCAUUACCUGUCUGCAGUUCAAUCCAAAGUUCAUGACCUUUGCCAGUGCCUGCUCCAACAUGGCUUUCUGGUUGCCGACCAUUGAUGACUGAGGAGUAGGAGCAGCAGCUGACCAGCAGGGGGCAGUGUGAAUGUCACAAAAUCAAAUUGUAAAUAAUCAGUUGUAGGAAUAAAACAUGUUUGGUUUUUAUAUUUCUA